CCUGACACAUCCUGCUGUCAAGGAUGUAGUGUGCGUGUGCGUAUGUUUGAAUGAUGUCGAUAUGACCACCAGUCUUUUCCUCUCUCGACAUGCCUGCAGCGAUGCACCUCACUGUGCUGCUGUGCCUGUUUGCAGUGGCAGUUUGUAAUGAAACGACCAUAACUAAACCAGUACUGAAGACAACCACAACUGCUGUGACACUGGAAAAUGUCACGUCAGCCACAAAUACGACACAAGAGCUUCCAACAACAACACACCAGAGUACCAGUGCAGUCACUUUAGGGUCAUCGUCACCACCGCCGACGACUUCCCCACAAACACCCAACAGGACAGAGGAAAUACGUCCCACCACCACUGCUCAGACUACACCAGCCAAUCUGACGUCCAAAGAAACAGUUUCCAGUGAAACGACACUCACACCAGCAUCAGAGUCACCAAAUGUCAAUACAACCACCAACGUAAACACCACUAGCCCAGUUUCACAUGAGUGGGAAAAAGACUUGUCAACAAAUCCUGGCCUUGUGGCCAUCCUCUGCAUCUUCUGUAUUGUCUUAACCCUCGCGCUGGUGGUUGUCAUCGUGAGAUGCUCCCGAUCUUCGAGGUCCAACUUUGAGAGGCUUGAAGAAGUGCCGUUGGGUAAAGUGAACGAGGACUCUCCGUUCGCCCAUUACUCAAAAUGACAGAGGAGACUUC